CAAUUCAUAAAACAGGACAUCACAAUUCAUCAAUGUUAAAAUGGUUUACCCCUCAGAAAAGCUUCUGCACCAACAAAUCUUGAAUAAUUCAAAACAUUUUGUUCUUGCAUCAGUCGGCGGAACAAAGUGGUUAUUUCGUUCAGUGUACAAAAUGGCUGGCACGUUGAAAAAAUAUAUUUCUGCAAUUUCAAGGUUUCACUCGAAUUUACUGCAUUUACUGAGAGUUAAUCCACAUCAUGGGGUAGCAGUUGCAUUGGCAGAUUCACCUUAUGCUGCUAAACCUUCACCUCUGUCCCCAGACUCCACACUGAAGUCUAUACUGGGAGAGGGCAUACUCUGGGCAGUACCAAAGGGACGAAGGACAAAGCAGAGAAGGCUAACAAGAAAAUUGAGCUUACAUUGUGGAUUUGAAGAUGCUAUACCAAAAAGAAAUAUUAUCGCCUGCUUGGAAUGUGGACAUUAUCAUGAGAGGAACACAAUAUGUGGCAAUUGCUAUGACAAAGUACGAGAAGAAACCAAGGCAAUGAAAGAAAAAAUGGGGCUUGACCUGGAACACAACCAUCCCAGAGCAGAGGUGUUAUAUGUCUAUGAGAAUGAAGAUCAAUUGAAGGACAAAGCUAAACAAGACAAUAAGUUUAUAGUUGAAAUGGAAAAGCCUAGGCCCUCAUGGUUCCCAUCUAAAUUGCUGACAAAGGCGAGGUGAUGAAUUUAACUCAUGAGAUGAAAACAGUAAACAUGGUAAAAGGACCUCCUGCCACAACAGAGGUUUUAUGGAUCACAAUGCCAUAAUAAUUACCUGUCAUUUUGAUGUGAGGCUAGUCUAUCUAUCUACAAGUCCCUGUAACCCCCCCCCCCCUCCACUACACACCUCCCCAGUGAUGUGUGUACUCAAGUAGCGGGAAAGGGGUCACAAGGGCUUGUAGCUAGACUAAUGUGACGUCUGGCAUUACCUAUAAAGAGAUUAAUGCAAGGAAGUAUUUAAAAUGUCACAUCAAUUG